AUGAAUUCAGCUUCGGAUAACCUCAUAGCACAAUACAGGAGAGUCCAUAGCUCAAGGAUAUCUGGUGGUUCGGAAGUUUUCGACCCAACUGUAAUUUAUAACAAAGACAUUGAAUCCAAUCAGCGAGCGAUAUUGGUGGAGUGGAUGAAUAGUACUGUUCCUAGUUUAAAUUUUCCAGUAAAAGCCUCGUCCGAGCAGUUGAGGACCUGUUUGAUUGAUGGGACUGUUCUACUACAGAUUUUAAAUAGGCUUAGACCUGGCUUUUCGUACAAGGAAGGUAGUUCUCGCUCAGAAAAUGUUAAGAAGUUUCUGGCAUGCAUGGAUGAGUUGGGAAUUCUCAAGUUCGAACUGUCGGACCUGGAGACGGGAUCCAUGAAGAAUGUUAUGGAUUGCCUUUCAACACUUCGAGCACAAUUUGCAUAUUUGGGAGGUAAUCUCUCACCCACAAGUGGGAUUACUAGAUUUGGCAGUCCUCGAGGGGAUGCAUCUUCCAAUGGCCAUUUUUCUCCAACAUUUGGGGAAGAAAAGCGGAAGUUUUCCCCGGAGGCAAAAUCUCAACAAGCUUUAGAGCCAUCCGCUGCAUCCAUGCACCGUGUUGGGCAUAAAUUCCAUGAGGUGUUUCAACUGAAACAAGGCCGCUUUUCAGAUCUUUCUACCGCAAAAAUUUCUGAAAUGAUGAAAUCAAACAGUUUGGAUAAUUCACCAACUCAGUCGCUUUUGAGUGUUGUGAACGGAAUAUUGGAUGAAAGCAUUGAAAGAAAGAGUUACGAAAUACCACAUCGUGUGGCCUGUCUGUUGAGAAAAGUAGUGCAAGAGAUUGAACGACGUAUAUCAACUCAAGCAGAGCACUUAAGAACUCAAAAUAAUCUAUUCAAAGCUCGUGAGGAGAAGUACCAGUCAAGGAUCAGAGUUCUUGAAGCCCUUGCUUCUGGGACUGGUGAAGAAAGAGGGGCUGUUAAGGACCAGCUUCAACAUUUAAAGAUUGAGAAGUCCAAAAUGGAAGGAGAGAAGAGACUUGAAGAGGAGCAUGUAGCUAAGUUGAUCAUAGAGAGGGAGCAAAGAGACCUUGAUCUUUCAACCUUGAAACAAGAGUUAGAAUUAGUGAAAGAGACGCAUGAACUACGUCACUUGCAAAUGGAAGCAGAAGUCAAGGGUGCUAAAGCAGGCCUUGAGGAGAGAUUAAAAGAGCUUGAACUCCUCUUGGAAGAUUCCAGGAACCAAGUGAAAGUGCUUUCGGCAUAUUCAGAGUCAAAAUCUAAGACGUUCAAUGAGAAAGAGGACAUUUUUAAGGGCUUUGUUGAGUUUCAAUUUGGUGCACUACAGGGAAUGAGGUUUUCCUGCAAGUCCAUCAAGCAAGAAAUUUUAGAAGUACAAAAAAGCUACACAGAGGAAUUCAAUGGCUUAGAAGUGAAGUUAAAAGCAUUAAUCGAUGCAACCGGGGACUAUCACUUUGUCGUUGCUGAAAAUAGGAGGAUGUUCAAUGAGCUUCAGGAAUUAAAAGGAAACAUCAGAGUUUAUUGCCGUAUAAGGCCAUUUCUUCCAGGGCAGGUUGCAAAACAAACAGCGGUAGAAUAUAUAGGUGAAAAUGGAGAGGUGGCUGUUGUGAAUCCCUCCAAACAAGGGAAAGACAGACGUCGCAAUUUUAAGUUCAAUAAGGUCUUUGGUCCAGAUUCUACUCAAGCGGAGGUAUAUUCAGACACUCAACCAUUGAUACGCUCUGUACUGGAUGGAUUUAGCGUGUGUAUAUUUGCUUAUGGACAAACUGGUUCAGGAAAAACUUACACAAUGACUGGUCCAAAUGGAGCAUCUGAGGAGGAUUGGGGGGUCAAUUAUCGGGCUCUAAAUGACCUUUUCAAAAUUUCGCUGAGUAGAGGAGGCUCCUUUAACUAUGAGAUUCAGGUUCAGAUGGUUGAAAUAUAUAACGAACAAGUGCACGACUUACUGUUGAUCGAUGGUUCUCAGAAAAAAUAUCCUUUUAUAUCAGAUGCUAGCAUGCAUCCUGUUACAUCAACUUCAGACGUUUUGGAAUUAAUGGAUAUUGGACUAAGAAACAGAGCUGUUGGGGCUACUUCCAUGAAUGAAAGAAGCAGCCGCUCUCACAGUGUUGUCAGUAUCCAUGUUCGUGGAAAGGAUUUGCAUUCUGGGGCUGCUUUACAUGGUAAUCUUCAUUUGGUGGAUCUAGCAGGCAGCGAAAGGGUAGAUCGCUCUGAGGCAACUGGAGAUAGACUUAGAGAAGCACAACAUAUAAACAGAUCAUUAUCUGCCCUUGGGGAUGUUAUAUUCGCUCUGGCACAAAAGAAUUCUCACGUACCAUACAGAAACAGCAAGCUCACUCAACUACUGCAAAGCUCUUUAGGAGGUCAAGCAAAGACGCUUAUGUUUGUACAGCUCAAUCCUGAUGUCAUUUCAUAUUCAGAAACAAUAAGCACUCUGAAGUUCGCAGAGAGGGUCUCUGGAGUUGAGCUAGGUGCAGCACGAAGCAGCAAGGAGGGCAGAGAUGCUAGGGAAUUAAUGGACCAGGUUAGUUUCACUGAUGUUAUAUAG